GCUGGACGCGACCCACAGUAUAGCGGCGGACCGGGGGACGUACCGGGGGACGGACCGGAGGACGGACCGGGACCAUGAACGCCUCUAUUCACGAGAGCUCCUGAAGACAGUGCAUGUGUAGUGGCUUCACGCUCCCGUCACAUACUGCGGCUUCUCAUGGAGGGCGACGCUAGAGCGCACGCUCUCCUCCUUCAGAAGGCUGCACGAGGAAGGCAGUGAUGUGUCUCGCACCCUGUUCACAAGCUGAAAUCUCAGUACCACGAGCUUGAUUGACACGAGCUUUACUGGAGGAUCGCUGCGCGCGGGGAUGUGCAGGGGGGACGUUUUCGUCGCCUGAUUUCCCCUUAUUUUAUUUUAUCUUAUUUUACUGCGCGUAACAGCCUCCUCCUGUUUCCCUCAUGAAAACGCAUCUUUGGAACAGCUCACGGGACGCACCUCUGAUGAUGUCGAGCAAGACUGCGGGAUGGCUGCAGGAUGAGCUGCAGUCCGGGGACAGCUCGCUACUUCUGCUGGACUGCAGAUCGCACGAGCUCUAUGAGUCAUCUCAUAUAGAAUCGGCAAUAAAUUUGGCAAUUCCAGGUCUGAUGUUGCGCAGGUUAAAGAAGGGGAAUUUACCGAUCCGCUCCAUAAUCCCAAAUAAUGAAGACAAGGAGAAGUUUGUAAAACGGUGCAAGACGGACACGGUGGUUUUGUACGAUGAGGCCACAGCCGACUGUCAGGAGCACGGGGCAGCGAGUACUGUUCUGGGUCUGCUCAUGCAGAAACUGCGCGACGAUGGCUGCAAGGCUUACUAUCUGGAAGGAGGAUUUAACAAGUUUCAGACAGAGUAUCCAGAGCACUGCGAGACCAACCUGGACUGCCCCUGCCCCAGUAGCUCGCCCCCUGCGUGUGUUUUGGGCCUUGGAGGACUACGAAUCAGUUCAGAUUGUUCUGAUGGAGAAUCAGACAGGGAACCUGGUAGCGCCACUGAGUCAGAGGGCAGUCCCUUACCCAAUAAUCAACCAGCAUUUCCUGUCCAGAUUCUCCCUUACCUUUACCUGGGCUGUGCCAAAGAUUCCACCAACUUGGAUGUUUUGGGCAAGUACAACAUCAAGUACAUCCUGAACGUAACUCCCAACCUGCCUAACAUGUUUGAGCAUGAUGGGGAAUUCAAGUACAAACAAAUUCCCAUCUCGGAUCACUGGAGCCAAAACUUGUCACAGUUUUUUCCUGAGGCCAUUUCUUUCAUUGAUGAAGCUCGUGCCAAAAAAUGUGGCAUUCUGGUGCACUGCCUGGCCGGGAUCAGCCGCUCGGUCACCGUGACGGUAGCCUACCUGAUGCAGAAACUCAACCUCUCACUCAACGAUGCUUACGACUUUGUGAAGCGGAAGAAGUCCAACAUCUCGCCAAAUUUCAACUUCAUGGGGCAGCUGUUGGACUUCGAACGGACCCUGGGGCUCAACAGUCCCUGUGACAACCGCUCACCCAGUGACCAGCUCUUCUUCACCACACCAACCAAUCACAACGUGUUCCAGCUGGACACACUGGAGUCCACAUGAAGCUCCCCGUCCUCGGGGUGGGCGCUGCCGCCCUUGUUUGAAUGUUUGUCGCCAUCUCCAGGGAAGUGGUUUGACCUGGAUGACCUGACAUGGGGGGUUAUGGGGGGCAGUUGAGAAGAGAUGCAGAACAGUUAAGACCCCAUGGAUGGGUGAGAGGAGGGGCAGUUAAGACCCCGUGGAUAGGUGAGGGGCGGGGCAGUUAAGACCCUGUGGAUAGGUGAGGGGAGGGGCAGUUAAGACCCUGUGGAUAGGUGAGGGGAGGGGCAGUUAAGACCCCAUGGAUGGGUGAGAGGAGGGGCAGUUAAGACCCCAUGGAUGGGUGAGAGGAGGGGCAGUUAAGACCCCGUGGAUAGGUGAGGGGAGGGGCAGUUAAGACCCCGUGGAUAGGUGAGGGGAGGGGCAGUUAAGACCCUGUGGAUAGGUGAGGGGAGGGGCAGUUAAGACCCCGUGGAUAGGUGAGGGGAGGGGCAGUUAAGACCCCGUGGAUAGAUGCCCAGAAGGGUCUUGCUGACGGAGGAUAAGAAGAACUUUGCUGCCAUCUCAGUGAUUUUAGAUGCAGCUUCUCUUUGCCUUUAUGGAACAGACUGUUCUUUUUUUGUCUUGCUUUGGUAAAUUUAAAGAGGAAAAAAGAGACUGAAUGGAACCAUAUGGAGGUUCACACAGAGAUGAGGAAGUGAAACUGCUGUGUGUUGCCCUCCUCCUGUCUUAAUGGUGCCAAUCUAGUGUCUGGGACUGACUAUCUGUCUGUCUCUCUCUCUCUCUCUCUCUCUCUCUCUCUCUCUCUCUCUCUCUCUCUCUCUCUCGCCAU